UACCGCCCUCAGGAUCGUUAUGGGGGUUCACUCCCGCUCACAGGAUCAUCAUGGGGGUUCACUACCGCCCACAGGAUCGUUAUGGGGGUUCACUACCGCCCACAGGAUCAUUAUGAGGGUUCACUACCGCCCACAGGAUCAUUAUGGGGGUUCACUACCGUCAGGGAGGCUCCAGGAGCCCCGCCAGCCACCAGUCAGGCCGUGAGCGUCACGGGCCACGGACGGAGAGACGGGCGCCCUCCGCUGAACCAACAAUGUCAGCCAUGAAUGUAGCAACAGAUCAGCCUGAUGACGAGCUUACCAUCCCUCGGGCUGCAAUGAACAAGAUGAUAAAAGAGCUUCUUCCAAAUGUGCGAGUGGCAAAUGAAGCGCGUGAACUUAUUCUUAACUGUUGUACUGAAUUUAUUCAUCUCUUAUCAUCUGAAGCUAAUGAGAUAUGCAAUCAACAACAGAAGAAAACUAUAAAUGCAGAACAUAUAUUAAUGUCCUUGGACAAACUUGGGUUUGGAGACUACCGUGCUGAUGCUGAGGCAGUAUUGAAGGACUGUAAAGCUAUGGCUGCCAAGAAGAGACGAAAAAGUACACGCUUAGAAAAUCUUGGAAUCCCCGAAGAGGAACUCCUGAGGCAACAACAAGAGCUCUUUGCAAAGGCUCGUCAAGAACAAAUGUUGGUUGAUCAACAGCAGUGGCAGAUGUUACAGGCUCAGGCAGCAGCAGCACAGCAGCAACAGCAAGAGCAACAGACGAUAGAUGAUGAUGAGGACUACUCUUAAAACACCUACUCGUUUGACCAUCAAAAGUAAUUCUUUUGUCAUUUGUGUUUUAAUAAACUAAUUAAUGUCCAAUACUUUUUCUACAGUAAUUUGAGAAGUUACUUAAUUAUAGGGUACUUUCAAUAAGAGUAAAAUUUAUUACUCGGCACUUUUGUAUUUGGGGAAGGGGGGGGCACGCAGCCAUUUUUCCCUGUCUGAAGUUAACUACAAUAACCUUUUGGCUGCUUGUUCAGAGAUGCGUCAAAUGUUUGUACAUGACUAAUUUUCUCUUUUGCAAACCUUUUUAUAGGGAUAGAACAUUGAUGUUGGUAUAAGAAUGUUUGUAGAAAUGUUUGGAAAUGUAUGUCCUUAAAUAAUGGCACCAAACAUUUUCAGUAUGCUAUAUCCAGUGACUGUGGGACAUCAGUUUUAAAAAGCUUAUCAAUAUUUCUAAAAUGUAUUUAUAUAUACAGUAUAUGGUCAUAAAUGUUAUGUAAAUGUGUGUAAAUGAUUGACCAGUAUAGACCGUGAAAAUUACUGGAAUUGAUUUUUGUAAUAAAUUUUGAAAAAUAAUUGUGCUGUAAUUUGUGCAGAACCAUCAUCUGAAGUUGUUCAGUUUGUAAACAUGUAUGUAUAAAUUUUCAGUUUACAAGACUAACUGUAAGCUUAGCACAUUUUGAAACCAAUGAACAGUAUUUGGAAACCAAUGUUCUAGAGUACAGGCACAAAAUGUGUUUAUAAUGCCAGAUGUUCAAGGUAUCACUGAGAGAAUAUAAUGUUGAUUAGUGCUGGAUGUCUAAGGCACUACCCAAUUUACCAAAUUUUAUGAACAUUUCGACCUAUGAGCAGCGCUAUACUAACGCAGUUGUUGUCCAAGGGAUAAUCAACACAAAUAGAGUAUAAAAGAUGAAGCAUUACAAGUGUGUGUUGCUUUGAUUAUUUAUGUAACAUAAAGAACACUACAGAAUAUUUUUUUUUACUCAAGGUAAUUAGUUUUCCCACUUAACAACAGAUACUGUUACAUAAAUGUUGAUCUGAUGAAAUCUUAAUGCCUCUGUUUUUUUCUUUUAUUGGACAGGCUGAAUUAAUCUGUUAUGGCACACUGCUCCUAAGUGUGUAUUUCCAUAUUGACGAGCAGGAACUAUCCCGUCUACCUUUUUAUAUACUGUAUAGCCAAACCCAGUUUAUAUACAGUACCAGUAUAUAUAUCACUGCCUAUCCACAUUUUCAUGUGCUAAUACAUUAGCGUUCCAAUCAUGCUAAAAUUCAUCAUCAUUACUGCAGCAGUAUGUUGCUGUUAUGGUCUCACCUAGCCAGUAACCAGGUUCUUUACUUAUAACAACUGUAUAUGGGGCCUUAAUGCCUCUUCUUACUCGAUCCCACCCUGAAUGAUUGGUAAGUUAUCAAGAAUUGGUAGUAAUAAUCAAUCUAAAGGAAACAGGGGGGUAAGCAGAACCAUCACCAAGUGUACUUCUUAACUAUCGUCCAGCAGCAAUCACCAGUCAAAGUCUUAAAACAAUUAGUGGAAGCAAUUAUUUGCCUUUUAAUAAAACCUUUUCUUCAGUUAACCUUUUCAGAGCGACCUCCACUGAACAAGGUAUGGGUAAAAAUUUCCCCCAAAAACCAUGUCUGAUGAAAAUCAACAUAAAUCACUUCCACAAUAAAUCAAACUUGAGCAAUUCAUUUCAUUAAUAAACUUUACCAUUCACCAUACUGUAUGUGGCAACCGUUAUUUGAAAUAAUGCAUUUAUAUUUAACAAAUAUUUGACUAAGUUUAUACUGUUCACAAAGCGUUUGUGCAAUUUGAUUGAACAGUGAUUUAUGAUGGUUUUCAUCAGACAGGAUUUUUUUGGGGAAAGGUUUUACCCAUACCUUGUUCAGUGGAGGUUGCUCUGAAAAGGUUAACUGAAGAACAGGUUUUAUUAAAGGGCAAUAACUGCUUCCACUAAUUGUUGUAAGACUUUAAUGACUGGUGAUUGCUGCUGGAUGAUGCACCAUUUCUGUUGUGAAGUAACGUAUGGUUUUUGACGAAAAAUUAUUAUGCAGAGGAGUAUGGUAAUAGUGAGUGAAGAAUUUUGGACUAUAGUAUUUGUAUUCUCUAAAUUAUAUACAUGUAUUAAGAACUUUACACAAUUAUAGUUUUUGAAUAUAGUAUUGCAUAUCUACUGUGAUUGUGGAGCUCAAUUUAAUGCAGUCUGAGCACUUAUUGAGUUUGUGCAUAUUUUGAUGUAAAUUUUGUAUUAAAAUACAGGUACAUUAUAUGAUAACAUGAGAUUAAUGUACAGUAUAGUGAAUAAAUAAUUUAUUGUAAAAUGUAA